AUGGCAUCGUACUGUCGACUGCUAAUUUUGCUGCUCCAAUUUGCACUUUCAUCAGUCCAAGCGGAGUCUGUAGCAGAGUCCUUCAACAAGUAUACGAAAGAGUCCUUAUUAUGGGGGCCGUACCGUUCUCAGUGCUAUUUUGGGAUUAGACCAAGAUAUGUUGACGAUACACCAUUCUCUCUAGGACUGAUGUGGUUUGACAACACUGACCCUUCGGCUCUUUCAAAAUUGAGACACCAGGUGGAUAAUGGAGAAAAUUUGAAGAAGUUUAGUUGGGAACAAUAUGACCCUCGUAUUGGAGGACGAGAAUCCAUUAUAGACGAGGAAAAUAACUUGAACCUUACUGUGUCAUUUGUGAAAACCGACGAUUUCAAGAAUUGGGUCGUUCGUGUAAACGGUUCAGCGUUGGAUCCAACAAAAGAAGGUGCUGCCUCAAUGGUAGUUUAUAUGAAUCAAAAUUCGGGCGCCAAAAAUCAAGAUUCUUCGUAUUUAUCCCUAAGACAGCAGACCGGUAACAAUCUACAGUUUGAAGGACAAUCAGGAGAACUGGGAAGAUAUCAAGUCUCUAUCAAUGAUAAUAAAGGAUCUUACUUCCACAAUGAAUCGUUGAACACCAUGGAAACCGCUUCAGGUGCUGAUUGCUCCAAAGUCAGCCAUGUUUCUAUGACCGUUCCUGAUGAGGAGAUUUGGCAGGCUCAUGACAUUUACCAAGUACUGCUUUCUGAAUCACUUAAAGCCAUGGUUCAGGAAAACAGCGGUAAUAUUGACCUCACUCUUAUUCCAAGCAUGCUGACUCUUCAUAACAGUUAUGGGUUCCCAUCAGGUAAUUUCCAUUAUAUUCAGAAAACUUUUAAUAGCUCUGAUCCAGAAGGGUUCGAAUUUGACAUCAUUUAUAAUAAUAUGGACGAUAAGAAAGAAAAAAUUACUUCUGAAUCAGCUGCCACCAACGUCAUUUCCAGACGUAUGAAUGAAAUCGCAAUUAAACUUGAUAAACACUUCAAUGAAAUUAAGGAUUUUGAGAAGCGCACGUUUGCGAUGGAAACACUGUCUAACCUACUCGGUGGGAUUGGUUACUUCCAUGGGAAGCAGCUCGUUGAUCGAACCAACGUAUUCACAGAGGACCAAUUUGAUGAUGUGAAGUUGACAGAUGGCCGAGAAGAGGGUCCCUUCAGUCUUUUCACCAGCGUGCCAAGCCGUGGAUUUUUCCCACGGGGGUUUUACUGGGAUGAAGGGUUUCAUAUCUUGCAAAUCAUGGAGUACGACUUUGACCUUGCAUUCGAGAUAGUGAAUAGCUGGUUCAGCUUAAUAGAUGACGAUGGCUGGAUUGCAAGGGAAAUUAUCUUAGGGCCUGAGGCAAGAAGUAGAGUUCCAGGAGAGUUCCAAGUACAAAGUCCACAAAUAGCUAACCCUCCUACUAUAUUGCUAGCAUUUAGUGAAAUGCUGACCAAGAUCCUUGAAAAUGUAGAUGAUUUUGGCAAUAAAGGUGAUACGGUCGACGCUACAGAACAAUUGAAAUAUUCCUCUGAAUUAGUGAUAGAGUUUGGUAAGAAAAUCUACCCAAAGUUGUUAAAACACUUUGAAUGGUUUACCAAUUCCCAGAGGGGGUUAAUUGAUGAGUACGAAAGUAUUAUGGAAGAUGAUCCAAAUUGGGUCAAGAUACACAAAAAUGCGGUGUACAAGUGGGUUGGUCGUACAGAAACACACUGUCUCCCAAGUGGUCUUGACGACUACCCAAGGGCGCAACCCCCUGACAUAGCCGAACUGCAUGUGGAUGCACUUUCAUGGGUUGGUGUGAUGGCUAGAUCAAUGAAACAAAUUGCCCAGAUUCUGCAUCUAGAAAGUGACCAAGCGAGAUUUGCCAAGCUUGAAAGCCAAAUAAUAGAAAACCUCGAUACUCUACAUUGGGAUGAGGAACACGGGUGCUAUUGUGACGUGACUAUACUUGAUGGCGACGAUGACGAUGAGCUUGUUCGUGUUUGCCAUCAAGGUUACGUUUCUUUGUUACCUUUUGCGCUGAAGCUAAUGCCAAGCAGUUCGCCUAAACUUAAUCAAACAAUAGCGCUCAUGGGUGAUGAAGACAAGCUUUUUUCGCCAUACGGGAUAUUGUCAUUAUCGAAGAAGGAUGAAUAUUUUGGUAAGGGCGAGGACUAUUGGAGAGGGCGCAUUUGGCUGAACAUAAAUUAUUUGUGCUUGGAUGCACUGAAGCAUUACUACCCAGAGGUUGACCCGCAUGGAAAUCAUGUGUCUACUGUACACAAAAAGAGUGCCAGCGAUAAAGCCAGGAAACUGUACAGCUCUUUGAAAAAAAACCUGGUAGAUAACAUCUACAAAGUUUGGCAAGAAACCGGGUUUGUUUACGAAAACUAUGAUCCAGUCGACGGUCAUGGUACAGGGGCUAAGCAAUUUACUGGUUGGACAGCUUUGAUUGUAAACAUCAUGGAGCUUAUGUAG